UACUUACCGCAAACUACACGGAAUCCGAUAGACCUCCCGAUUCUCCCGAUGUUACACGCACCAAACCACGAGCUCACGAGCGGUAGUAGUUGUCUGCGAUCAAGAAUUAGUGGGACGGGAUCAUCGGGAAUGGAUGGCAUCGGGACAGAACACAUUCCCGAUCGGACUCUUUCCCCAAUGGGGAUACAGUGUGGAAGAAGAGAAGAGAAACAACACACACACACACAGAGACAGUCGCCCAAGUGCAACAGGAAGAGGACGGGACGUGGACAAUUCCGUGUGUGCGUGCGCCGGGAGUCCGGCGUGUCUAUAUAAAACGGUCAUCAAUAAGCUGGCCGCAUUACAGUUCAAUUUCAAACGGUUUCGAGUCAAUGUCACGGGCACGUCCACGGCGCGGCACUGUCCCGAUUAGCGGUUCGUUCAAUUAUUCGGGAACACUUUGAAACCCGAACUGCGCAGCCAAGAAGUGAUUUGAGUGAAGUGAGUUUUGGCUUUGUGUUGGUUGGGUAAAUAAAAAAAAAUACUCAGUUCAUUUAAAUCGUUUAUAUCGAUCGAACGUAUGAAGUGUUUUAGUGUGGUGUGAAAACAGGCGGUCGUGAAAGUGUACAUCAUUAUUGUGACAAAGUGUCACAAUGCGAUCGAUUGGUGUGAUCAUAUUAGCCUGCUGUUUGACGGCAACAGUGGCAAAUAUUGAUAAAGAUGAAUCACAUCUUAGUGAUGAUACCGUUGUAAUUGAAGCCGAUCAACCGCCGCCACGACAGCCACGUCAAGUAUGGCUGAACUCUCACGUGCCGCAUGCCGACUGGAAACAGGCACUCGGGGACGGUAGCCCUUGCCUUACUGCCAAGGGCCAUCUCGGCUUCUGCACCUCGUUCCGUAAGUGCUAUCCAUACUUUAAGGUGCCCGAUUUGAGCGUCUGGGAGUCAUGGGUGCUCGGUAACUACGAUACCUGCAGCUACUUCAACGAACAGGCCCGUCAAGCGUUCGGUGUGUGCUGCACCAACCCCAUCACACCCCUUCCGAUCGAUUCCAAUCCCGUCAUAGAAACUGUGCCUGGGGUAAUACUGCCACCGUUCAGUGCCACCGGUGGAACCGGGCAGGCUGAGCCGAACAAACCGCCGAACAAGAACAACAACUAUCCGAGCUGGCCACCGCCAGUUCCGACCCAUCCGCCGGAUCAUACGCCCGCCACCCAUCCACCUUCGUUCGGUGGCCCUGCACCACCGACCACGGUUUCGUCCGUUGGUCCGGUAUCGGAACCAACGCAACGACCAUCGACGACGUGGCCUACACGACCGCGACCACCACAAGUUCCGAAUCAACCGACACCGGCCCCAGCACCGAUACAACCGAUCGGUGUUUGGCCACCGCCCGUUCCCACUCAUCCACCGUUGGAGAUCGCCACCCUGCCACCUUCGUCGUCCGGUGUCGUGAGUGACCCAUCGAUCGUUGGUUGUGGUGUGAAAAAUGGCAAUCCGGACACGGAACGAAUCGUUGGUGGUCACAAUGCGGAUCCGAACGAGUGGCCUUGGAUAGCGGCCCUGUUUAACAAUGGGCGACAGUUUUGUGGUGGAUCACUGAUCGAUAGUAUUCACAUCCUAACGGCGGCCCAUUGCGUUGCACAUAUGAGCUCCUACGACGUGGCACGUCUGUCGGUGAAGCUUGGUGAUCAUAAUAUCCGAUCGAACACGGAGGUACAGCACGUGGAACGACGCGUUAAGCGACUUGUCCGUCAUCGAGGGUUCGAUUCGCGUACAUUGUACAACGAUGUGGCCGUCCUGACGAUGGAUCAACCGGUACCGUUUACGAAGCAAGUACGACCGAUCUGUCUGCCGGCAGCAGAUAACACGCGGGCUUACAAUGGCCAUACCGCUACCGUUAUCGGUUGGGGAAGCUUGAGAGAAAACGGACCACAGCCAGCAAUCCUGCAGGAGGUGAAUCUACCGAUCUGGACAAACAACGAGUGUCGCAUCAAGUACGGUCCAGCGGCACCGGGUGGUAUUAUCGAUACGAUGCUUUGUGCCGGCCAGGCUGCCAAGGAUUCCUGCAGUGGUGACUCGGGUGGUCCAUUGAUGGUGAACGAUGGCACGUGGACACAGGUCGGUGUCGUUUCCUGGGGUAUCGGCUGCGGCAAGGGUCAGUAUCCGGGCGUGUACACGCGCGUCACUGCCUUCCUGCCGUGGAUUAAGAAAAACAUCAAUGACGCCUAGAACACAGCCGGGCCCGUAAACGCAACACAAUUGCCAUUCAUAGAAGUGCCACUUUUUCUGAACCCUUUUCUUACUUCCCUACUGGACAUUAUUCCACUUGAAGGUGGCGCUUUUUUUACAAAAUAAACAGUGACUGAACGAA